AUGACUGAGGAGCCUCGAAGGUCAGGACGCGCCACGAAGGGCCAACACAAGAACCUCGACUUGCUCCAGGAGGUUCCGACCAAGAAGACCAAGGCCAAGGCCCAGCCGAAAGAAAAGCCGCCGAAACCUUCCGUGGAACCCACACCGGCCCCGAGCGAGGAAGAAGAGAUCAUUCGAUGUAUCUGUGGCGAAUAUGAGGAAGAAGAAGACAUUGAACGUGAUAUGAUCUGUUGCGAUAAGUGCUCGGCAUGGCAGCACAACGAUUGCAUGGGACUUACCUUCGCAAAGGGCGAGGAGCCGGCGGAAUACUUCUGUGAGAUAUGCAAGCCCGAGAACCACCAAGUUCUCCUGGAGAAGAUUGCUCGUGGGGAGAAGCCUUGGGAGGAGGCUGCCAGGCGCAGGCAGCAGGAAGUCGAGGAGAAGAAGGCUGCCCGACGGAGGAAAGGCAGGAAGGGCAAGAGAGGCGGUGCCAGGCAGAGCGAUGCUACUAAGGUCGAGGGGAACAAGGAGGUUGUUCCACCCACUCCUGCUCCUCCGGCCGCCGCUCCUGCUGCAGCACAGACGCCUGUUCAAGAAAACAAAACUGUCGUGACGAGCGAGCCUCCGCCAUCGAGCACGCAGAAGCGCAAGUUUGAUGAACACCAAGAGUCGACAGUACCCGAAGCGGGUCCCAAGCAGAAGCAGCAAAGAGUGUCAGUCCAGGGCAAUAAGGUGGCGGAUCAGGAUAAACGGGCGUCUCCCGCGCAGGCCCGGAAAGGAAGCACUGCUGAACCCACGCCUCGUCAAGGCUCCGUCACGGAGAAAGCAACGGCCGAGGUCGCAGGGACUCCGGAGGAGAUUGGAAACGCGGCUCGGAGGAGUUGUGCCAAUGCCCUAGUCAAGCUCUUUGUAGAUCAGAUUCAUGAGGCCCAGAAGCAAGGCACCUACCAGCUACCAGAAGGCAAAUCAGUGGAGGAUGUCGCACGGCCGCUUGGUCUCUCGAUCGAGCAUGCCAUGUAUCUGAAUAUAUGCGGCGGAACUGGAGAACCCAAUGAACCCUAUAAGUCACAACUGCGGACGAUCCUGUUCAACGUAAAGAAGAAUACUUCUCUACGGGAUCGCCUGCUCGUAGGUAGCCUGGCUCCUAAUACCCUGUCUACAAUGAGCACCCAGGACAUGGCAAGUGAGGAACUGCAGCAGAAGGAUGCGGAGAUCAAGAGGGAGGCCGAGAAACAGCAUAUCAUCGUGCAAGAACAAGGGCCUCGCAUCCGACGGACACACAAGGGCGAGGAAUUGGUUGAGGACGACAACCAGGCCGUCGCAUCCGAAUCCAUCUUCUCGUCCGCCGCGGCUCGUCGUGCCGUCCUCGAGGCGGAUGGACAUUCUCCGAGCACCGCCGGUGCUGCACGCAGUGUCAGCCCUAAAGUCCAGCGACCACCUGAAUUCGGCGAGGCAAAGGCGUCCGAGACCAGAACUGCGACCGACUUCAACGGCACCGCUCGUGCUCACUCUCCCGAUGGCACUGGUGAUCAACUGUUCCCUGAAGCACCGGUACAUCUCCAUCAGCCUCUGCCCACGGGCAAGGUGCAGGCUGAUGAAGAGAUCGACAAGCUUUUGAAGGAUGAGGAUGCAGAGUCGCCACCGUACUCGCCCAAGGAAUACGAGAGUGGCAUAAUCUGGCGUGGGAGAGUGUCCAUGCACCCUGUGGCAGAGUUCACGUCCUCUGCCAGACAUGUCGGAGGCGCUGAUCUCAGUGGAAGAAUCCCAUGGAGCCAGCUGGUGCCCCCAACGCUGCUGGUUGACGGACGGAUCGACAUCCAGCUGGCCGGCAACUACCUCUGCGGCCUGCGGUUCAGCAGCUCGACCGACGUGACGGUGCUCUCGAUGAGCGCGCCAGACUCACCUGCCGAACGAGCUCAGUUCGACAAGCUGUUCAACUAUUUCGUGGACCGCAAACGGUACGGCGUCGUCGGGAAGCAUCCAUUGCCGGCCGUCAAGGACACGUACAUUAUUCCCAUCGAGGCCGGUGCUAGCAAGAAACCCGAGUUCAUCGAGCUGCUGGAGAACAACUCGAUUGAAGACCCGACCCCGGACCGGAUCUUGCUGGCGGUGUUUGUGGUCAAGACCAGCGAGAUUAUUACCUCCAACUCGCCUUCUGAGCAGCAACCGACCCCAUCGCAUCCCAGCCAGAACAACCACGCCAUGGCCGCCGCAAGUCCCUUAACCUCCACGCCGCUCCCACAGCACGCCCAAUACACCAACCCGGCGGUCAAGCCAGCAUCGCAAGCAUCUCCUGCGCCGUCGACUCUCGCUGGCUCUCCUCAUCCUCCAUAUAACAAUGCUGUUCAGUCGCAACCACCACAACAACCGGGCUAUCCUACUGCUGCAGCCCAAUACCCGCAGUACCAGUCUCAACAAUCCCCUCCUGCUCCACAGCAGGUGCAGCAACCUCAUCUGCAACAGCUGCAACAGCCACAACCACAGCCGCAGCCACAGCAGCAGCUACAGCAGCAGCCUCAGCAGCAACAACAACCCCAAGCACCACUGGUAGGAGCCGCAGCAGCUGCCCACGUCCUUGGACCGCAAGCCAAGGCGCCCGCGAUCGAGCAACUUCUGCAGAUGGCGCCAAAUGCGGACGUCGCCCAGCUUAGUGUCGUCCGAGACAUCCUGGCGCGCAAUCCCGCGGCAGCGAACGACUACGAGCAGUUGAUGCAGGCGAUCAUGCAAGCUGGACAGCGGUCUGGAUAG